AUAAUGAGAACCAUAAUUACAAGUUAAUAAAUUGGGCCUUACAAAGUAGGCCUAAUCUUUUAGACCUUCUAUGAUGGGCCUGACGAUUCACUACAAAAACCCAUUAACGCAUCAAGCCCAUUAUCAUACACCAUAAAACCCAAUCUCUCUCUCUCUCUCUCUCUCUCUCUCUCUCCUCUCACUGGAAAAAUGGCCUCCAUUCCUCUUGUUCACCUCUCCCUCACUCCCAAAACCUUGACCAAACGCUUCCUGGGUGCUCGUUCCCCAUCCUUCUCUUACACCCUCGGAGCCAUCCCAAAAUCCCUGCACCUCAAACUCAAACCCAAAACCAAAUCCACCGUCACUCGCAUGUCGUACAACCCAACUCCGGCCACCGAUCGAUUAAUCUCAGCCGUCGCUUACACACUCCCUUUCUUCAAUUCCCUCCAGUACGGCCGCUUCGUCUUCAUGCAGUUUCCCAAACUGGGCCUCCUAUUCGACCCGCUGGUCCCUCUUCUGGGUCUGUACCGGUCCAUCCCAUACUCGAGCUUCGUGGCAUUCUUCGCACUUUACCUGGGCGUGGUGAGGAAUCCCAGUUUCAGCCACUACGUCAGGUUCAACGCUAUGCAGGCCGUCACGCUCGACGUCCUCCUGGUGUUGCCGUUGCUCAUCCAGAGGAUCUUUACCCCGGGUCGGACCGGGUUGGGAUUUCGGAUCAUGGUUUGGGGUCACAGCGCCUUGUUUGUCUUCAGCGUUUUCUGCUUCGUUUACACUUUGGUUCAUUGUAUUCUGGGUCGUACCCCUUAUUUGCCUUUUGUUGCUGACGCUGCUGGUCGCCAGCUCUAGUGUAUUAGUAUUCUCCUACUUUUGUUUAGUUUUGUUUUCUGGUUUUUUUUUUUUUUUUUUUUUUUUCAAUGAAGGUGCAAGAAAUUUAUAGCCUAGUGUUUAUGAACAAUUUUGUAAUUGUCCAAUUGUAUUUGGGUUUAAUUUUUUUUAAUAAAUUUUAUAUCCGUGGGCUUUUUUUUUCCCUCUAUAUGAACACUAUAUG